GGUGGCGGCGUGUUUCGCUUCCGGGUCCGCCGGGGGUCGCAGUGGCGGCGCGAACGCGGCGGGAGGCGGGGCCUGCGGCGCAGCGGAGGAGCCGCUUCCAUGGCGCUAAGUCUGGACCGCGAGGCCUACUACCGCCGCAUCAAGCGUCUCUAUAGCAACUGGCAGAAAGGAGAAGACGAAUAUGCCACCAUUGACGCCAUCGUGGUCUCUGUCGGCGUGGACGAAGAGACCGUCUAUGCCAAGUCCACUGCCCUGCAGACGUGGCUUUUCGGCUACGAACUCACCGACACCAUCAUGGUCUUCUGUGAGGACAAGAUCCUCUUCAUGGCCAGCAAGAAGAAGGUGGAGUUCCUGAAGCAGAUUGCAAACAGCAAGAGCAACGAGAGCACCAACGGGGUGCCGGCAAUCACAUUGCUCGUGCGGGAAAAGAAUGAAAGCAACAAGGCAAACUUCGACAAGAUGAUCGAAGCGCUGAAGGGCAGCAAGAACGGCAAGCGCAUCGGCAUCUUCAGCAAGGACAAGUUCCCGGGAGAGUUCAUGAACAGCUGGAACGAUUGCCUCCACAAGGAAGGCUUCGAGAAGGUGGACAUCAGCGCCGUGGUGGCCUACACCAUUGCCGUGAAGGAGGACGGGGAGCUCAGCCUGAUGCGCAAAGCGGCGGCCAUCACCGCAGAGGUCUUCACCAAGUUCUUGAAGGAGCGGGUGAUGGAGAUUGUGGACGUAGACGAGAAAGUACGGCACAGUAAGCUGGCGGAGUCGGUAGAAAAAGCCAUCGAGGAGAAGAAAUACCUCUCUGGGGCCGACCCCUCCACUGUGGAGAUGUGCUACCCGCCCAUCAUCCAGAGCGGAGGCCAUUACAAUCUCAAAUUCAGCGUUGUCAGUGAGAAGAACUACAUGCACUUUGGAGUGAUCACUUGUGCCAUGGGUAUCCGCUACAAAUCCUACUGCUCCAACCUGGUGCGCACGCUCAUGGUCGACCCGCCCCAGGAGAUGCAGGAGAACUACAGCUUCCUGCUGCAGCUUCAGGAAGAGAUGCUCAAGGAACUGCGGCACGGCGUGAAGCUGAGCGAGGUCUACGUCGCCGUCAUGGAUAUGGUGAAGAAGCAGAAGCCGGAGCUCUUGAGCAAAAUCACCAAGAACUUGGGAUUUGCCAUGGGCAUUGAGUUCCGAGAAGGAUCCCUCGUGAUUAACAGCAAGAACCAGUACCGCCUCAAGAAAGGGAUGGUUUUCAGCCUCAAUGUGGGGUUAUCAGAUCUUACCAACAAAGAAGGAAAGAAACCAGAGGAGAAGACUUACGCACUGUUUAUUGGGGAUACAGUGUUGGUGGAAGAGGAUGGUCCAGCUACUCUCCUGACAUCUGUUAAGAAGAAGGUGAAGAAUGUCUCUAUUCUGCUCAAGAAGGAUGAUGAAGACGAAGAAGAAGAAGAUAAGGACGAGGCCGUAGACAUGCUGGGGCGUAGCUCUCGAACAGCUUUGCUGACGGAAAGGACUCGGAACGAAAUGACGGCCGAGGAGAAGCGACGAGCUCACCAGAAGGAACUGGCCACGCAGCUCAACGAAGAAGCCCGCCGGCGGUUGACGGAGCAGAAGGGGGAGCAGCAGAUCCAGAAGGCUCGUAAGUCCAACGUCUCCUACAGAAACCCAUCCCUGAUGCCAAAGGAGCCGCACAUCCGGGAGAUGAAGAUUUACAUCGACAAGAAGUAUGAGACCGUCAUCAUGCCCGUCUUCGGCAUCGCCACGCCUUUCCACAUUGCCACCAUCAAGAACAUCAGUAUGUCUGUGGAAGGCGACUACACCUACCUAAGAAUCAACUUCUAUUGCCCGGGCAGCGCCCUGGGUCGCAAUGAGGGCAACAUUUUCCCCAACCCUGAAGCCACCUUUGUGAAAGAAAUAACAUACCGGGCUUCGAAUAUCAAAACGCCCGGGGAACAGACAGUGCCAGCCCUCAACCUCCAGAACGCCUUCCGCAUCAUCAAGGAGGUGCAGAAACGCUACAAAACCCGGGAGGCCGAGGAGAAAGAGAAGGAGGGGAUCGUCAAACAAGACUCGUUGGUGAUCAACCUGAACCGCAGCAAUCCCAAGCUGAAGGACCUUUACAUCCGCCCCAACAUUGCCCAGAAGAGGAUGCAGGGGUCCCUGGAGGCCCACGUCAAUGGUUUCCGCUUCACCUCUGUGCGGGGAGACAAGGUGGACAUCCUGUACAACAACAUCAAACACGCCGUGUUCCAGCCUUGUGAUGGGGAGAUGAUCAUCGUUCUCCACUUUCACCUCAAGAAUGCUAUCAUGUUUGGCAAGAAGCGCCAUACAGACGUGCAGUUCUACACGGAGGUGGGCGAGAUCACCACGGACCUGGGCAAGCAUCAGCACAUGCACGACCGGGAUGAUCUCUACGCUGAGCAGAUGGAGCGCGAAAUGAGGCAUAAACUGAAAACGGCGUUCAAAAGUUUCAUCGAGAAGGUGGAGUCGCUGACCAAGGAGGAACUGGAAUUCGAGGUGCCCUUCCGAGACUUGGGGUUCAACGGCGCCCCCUACAGAAGCACCUGCCUGCUCCAGCCAACCAGCAGCGCCCUGGUGAACUGCACUGAAUGGCCCCCCUUUGUGGUGACGCUGGACGAGGUGGAGUUAAUCCACUUUGAGCGCGUGCAGUUCCACCUGAAGAACUUUGACAUGGUCAUCGUCUACAAAGACUACAGCAAGAAGGUCACCAUGAUCAACGCCAUCCCCGUGGCUUCUCUGGACCCCAUCAAGGAGUGGCUCAACUCUUGUGACAUUAAAUACACAGAAGGGGUGCAGUCCCUUAACUGGACCAAAAUCAUGAAAACCAUCGUGGACGACCCAGAGGGCUUCUUUGAGCAAGGCGGCUGGUCGUUCCUCGAGCCCGAGGGAGAGGGAAGCGACGCCGAAGGCGGGGAUUCCGAAUCCGAGAUCGAGGACGAGACGUUCAACCCCUCCGAGGAUGAGUACGAGGAGGAGGAGGAGGACAGCGAUGAGGACUACUCUUCCGAGGCAGAAGAAUCAGAUUGCUCCAAGGAGUCCCUGGGCAGCGAGGAGGAGAGCGGGAAGGACUGGGACGAGCUGGAGGAAGAAGCGCGGAAAGCUGACCGAGAGAGCCGGUACGAGGAGGAAGAGGAGCGGAGCCGCACCAUCAGCCGCAAGAGGAAGGGCCCGUCGUCCCAGAGCUCCAGCCACAACCGCAGUUCCCACAGCCGCAGCCCCGCCCGAAGCUCGGGCCCUCCCAAGAAGAAGAGGAAGUAGAUUGCGAACUCUAGCUUUUCUUCCCACCCCCACCCCCCGCACCACCCCCACCACCCCCAAGCCAACCUUAGGGGGGACGGGUUCGGGCUUCGAGACGUCAUCCCGCUGCCAGCAUUUAGGGCAUGGGGGUGGCCGGCCUCUCCCCACAAAACUUUACAUCUUUCCCCCACAUGCACACACACACACACACACCCCUCACCCGUUUCUGUUUUCUCUCGGAAGGAAUAUAUAUAUAAUUAUUAUUAUUUGGAGGGGGGGGGUUCAGCUUUUUUCGUUUUCGUCCCUCGAGCCUUUUCUGACCAUUCGUACGGACCAAUCAGCUGUGAGAGAAUUCCAGGCCCCUCCUUUUUUUCUUGUCACCACGGACGUGCCAUUUUUGCCGAGGGGAGGCACAGGACGGGAGAGGCUCAGGAGUGUGGUGUCAAGUGAUGCGCUUCUCUGCAGUUCCCACCUUCCCCCUUUUCUUUCGCCCUCGCCUUUCCCCCUCUCCCAGCGGGUCUGCCGGCUUUGGAGCCCUCUUCCCCACACAGCUCCCUUCCUUGACUCCCAGGAUCUUCGUUCUUAAGACCGGCCGGGGCCUGGAGGGACCGUUGGCCUGAGAGUUGCACUUGAGCAAGAACAAGCGCUUCAGGGAAGUGGACCCCCGAUGCUGCGGGGGGGGGGGGGCACAGGGUGUUUCUGUUCAGUUUCUCAAAUCAAAACCCCGCAAAGCGCAGAAGAAUCCCAUCUCAGAACAGUAAUGGGGAGGGGAGGAAAGAGGCGCACGAGAAAAGCGCUCUUGCAAUUAUUUUCUGUUUCACAUUGUCAGGCUCUGUCCGUAUUUAUCUGUUUUUGGUAUUUUCCUCUCAGUCGGGUCUCCAGUGAGCGAGUGUUUGAGGACAGGAAAGGGCACAGGAGGGGUUGAAUUCAUCGCCUGCCCCCUCCCCCCUUUGUUUUUCUUCUGGGGAGGGGGGGGGGGUUCAGUGAUUCAGGGCGGGGGGGAGCUUUCUCAGAUCCUCUUUUUUUCCCCGGUAGCCGUUUAGCACCCGGUAUUUUUGACUUUGGAAAAACUGAUCAAUAAAAAUGUUUUUUUUAAGGAUUUGGAAAGUUUA